CUACAGGUUACCAUAUUCUUGGACCAGGUUUGUCUGAUGCCUGUCUCGUAAAUUAUGACAGUCAUCAUUACUGAAAACCAGUAACUACUUCUUACGUUUCUCAUCUCGUGACGAAGAUAUUGGACGUUGAAUUUUCGUGAGGUCACAAGUUAAGUGUGCGCGGUACUUCACAAGUCUAUAAUGGAUGGCCGUGUCGAAUUGUAUGAAGAAGUAAAACUUUAUCGUACUGCACGCGAAAGAGAAAAGUAUGACAAUCUUGCUGAACUCUAUGCUGUUAUCAACACUAUACAAUGUUUACAAAAAGCAUAUAUUAAGGACUAUGUGGAAUCAAAAGAGUAUACUGCUGCCUGUUCAAAGCUUCUUGUCCAGUACAAAGCUGCAUUUAAACAAGUUCAAGGAGAUGAAUUUGCUACUGUAGAGGAUUUCAUGCGAAAAUAUAAAAUGGAUUGUCCAGCAGCUCUAGAGCGUAUUAAGGAGGGAAGACCGAUAACUAUCAAGGAUGAUAAACAAAAUAUAAAUAAAAGUAUUGCUGAUACUGUUUCCUUGUUUAUUACUAUUAUGGAUAAGCUGCGACUAGAUAUUCGCGCAGUGGAUGAACUCCAUCCAGAUCUUCGAGAAUUGUAUGAAACCCUUUAUCGGUUGAGUAUUCUACCUGCAGAUUUUGAGGGUAAAGAUAGAGUGAAAGCCUGGCUAGACAAAAUGGAUCAAAUGCAAGCGUCUGAUGAAUUAUCUGAAGCUGAAGUACGACAGAUGCUUUUUGAUUUAGACUCUGGAUAUAAUGCCUUCAAUCGGACAUUGCAUUCUGGCCAGUGAAUACUCGACAAGAUAUAUAUAUAUAUAUAUAUAUAUAUAUAUAUAUAUAUAAUAUGCUCUUCAAAUUAGAAAAUUUUCUUUUUAUACCUAACUUCUAUUAUUUAAUCGCUUCUUUUCUUUUAACAUUCGUGUAAAUUAAAGACUGUCACAAGAAAUUAAAAGUAAUAUUGUGGUUAGCUUAUAGAUUUAUUAUAACCAGCCUGUGUACACUCACUAUUUGUGGUGGUCCGUUCUAAGUAGUUAAAAGGUCCAUGUAUCUGAGUAGUUUUAUAUGUUGGUGGCGACGCUACAUAUGAGGUCAAUCUAUAUACAGUGAAAGCUAAGGCGGUCUAUUGGAAUCGUUGGCGCCGUUUUGCUGUUGGUCAGACUGUAAAAGUCCGGGCCUACGAUGUCUUCGCGAAAGCAGUUUCGCCACGUGGUUGUAAAACCUGGCCUCUCCAAGCUGUGGAUGUGAAUGACUCAUUGUGUUCAAUUAUCUUAUUCUCCGAAAGAUUAUUAACAUCUAGUGGUAACAGUACGUUAUACCUAAGUUAGGAAACGUGUGUUUAGGCUUAGUGUUGAUUAUUCUAUCGUUGUAAGCAGUUGUUUGGCCGCUUUACUAGUUUUCUUUUAAGUCUGCACCUAUAACCGAUCACCUUGCGAACUCAAUUUUUAUUGAGAUGACUAUUUCCACCAAUUGAGUCUCUGUCUCUAAGUUUUAUUCCACAAAGCGACUACUUGUGGCCAUUGCUUCACACAACCACAUAUUUACUGUGUGACUAGUACACAUGAAAUAGUGUUCAUCACCAGUGUGAAUAAGUCAAAGGCCAUCCGAUUGGUUGGACUGCAUGGGUAGAAUAAAUCCGGUUUAAAAUAGUUUGAGUAAUAGACCUGUUUCAACUGAAAAUCCACUAGGAAUCAAUGAGUAACGAACAAAAGUGAAGCACUAAACGUAGAAUGCGUUAAGAAACGGAUCACCCAAUGGACUGGGAUACAAUGGUUUUUUACAUUUUAAUGUAAAUGCGUAUCGUAACCAUUAUUUAAUGGUCGGUGAAGAUCUGUCUUCAUUCGCUACUUACAUGACUUCACAAAGUAUAACUGCAUCAGUAAUUCUAAAUUUUUGUUUUAAAGAAGGUCAGGGUACGGCACUAAUAUCAAAUCUCAAAUUACUGAGCUUUGUUGAGGUUUUAUACAAUUAGUAGGGUAUUUUCAUUGAAAACUGUUGUCAAAUAGAGAGCGAUUGAACCAUAUGAUCCACAUAAUUCCUUGAAAUUAUGAAAAUGUUCAUACAUUAACAACCUACUUACCUCAUUUAUUACUGAUAAUAAGCUUCUACUAAAAAAAUAUUUGUAACUAUCUUCCAGCAUUUAAAUUUGUUUCAUACAAAUCAAAAUGAUUUCUAAUUAAUCUACAUUGUGAUAAUAAACUUGUUUAUUCAUAUUAGUUUUAAAUUUAAUUAAGUGAUUGUAUAUACAAUUAUCAGAAUGGGGGGAUCGUGGAUAUUGUAGUAAUUUUUAAUAGUUGAAUUAAUGGGUCGAUUAAAGAUGGACCAGCACGGAAAACCUGAAAGCACUGGACGUCCUUUUUGUCUUAGUAUGGGACUCAGAAGUGCGCAUCCACGGUCCCCCGUGCAGGACUCGAACCCAGAACCUUCGGUCUCGCGGGAGUUCAACCGUGUCUGUUGUAGAGGCAGUUACUCACUGAAGACAAUGGUGGACAGUCUCGCAUUAUCAUGGAUUGGUUGAAGUUAAACAUUAGCACCAUUGGAUGCCGGUUCAGUGGUCUAGAGGUUAAGUGUUCGUCCGUGAGACCGAAGGUCCAGGUCCCGCACGCGGGAUCGAGAAUACCCACUGCUGAGGAGUCUCAUACAAGGACGAGACGGCCGUCCAGUGCUUCUAGGUUUUCCAUGGUGGUCUAGCUUGAGUCAACAUUUGUACAUAGAAUAAAUGAACUAAAUAUAUAACGAAUGUAGACAGUACAUACUGAUCGUUAGCCAUAAGCCCCCAAAUGCCCUGGUAUGGCCGAGAGCGGGGUGGGUUCGCCCUCCCUCUUGAAAUACUCUCACACGGCCACGCGUAUACAGCCUCUGCCAGGGAAGUCCUUCUCACUGCCUUCUCGUGGCGGUGGUGUUGUUUACGAAAAUGAGAGGACGAAAGGCGAAUGUUCGGCGCUUUAACCGGAUUCCAAACCAAAUCAAUGGUGCACAUGGGCUCAAGUAUCCUGCGGGAACAAAUGGCGUAUGAACCAAUUUCUUGGUCACCGACUACCAUGGGACUGCAUCUUUUUACGAUGCUCCACUGCCUUGUGGGUUAGACCUGUAGGUCAAAGGCUCGGGGUGUGGCCCCCCUAAGAAAACCACCUGCUUCGGUCUGGGCAGCCGGGCAGUAUCACAGCCCACACACAAAUGAUGAACUGUCUAUAUUUAUGGAAACUAAUUUUCUCGCUUCGACUAAUAAUCAAGUGAUUCAAAUUAUUAUUAUUAUUUACUACGUCAUUAUUCACCCUCUUUUAUUCCUACUCUGUCUAUACUUAUUUUUUCGACUUAUGCAGCAGCUCGUCUAUGAUGGAAAUUCGACUCUAUCUAAACGUUCUCGAGUCACUGUCCGGUUGAAAAUUGUAUGUUACCACCGAAUAUGAGUACUGAAGCAGUUUUUCUGAAACCACCACUCAAACUGGCUGUCUUCAACGUUCGCACACUUAUGCAGGUUGGACAACAGAUAGGGCUGGCUAUGUCUUUAGAAAGUCUUAAUAUCGAUGUUUGCUGUCUAUCCGAGACCCGUAUUCAAGACUCUGGUGAAGUACUACAAAUUCGCUCUACAUCUGUCGCUUCGAAAAGCUUGUUUUACGUGCGCUUAUCCGGGGACCCUGUGGCAUCGUCUGGUCUUGCUGGCGUUGGUGUCGCACUAAGCGCUAGAGCUAAGGCAGCACUAAUCGAUUGGAUCCCCAUUAACAGUCGGUUAUGUGCUGUUAAAUUAGGAAGUUCCAUCAAAGUGAGAAGAAAUCGGCGUGAGAAACGACGUAUUUUCGUCAUCUCCGUCUAUGCUCCGACAGAUUGCAGCCCGGAUGCAAUCAAGGAUGAGUUUUACCAUCAGUUAACUGUUCUUCUCCAGAAAGUGCGUUCGACAGAUAUUGUAGUACUAGCCGGAGACUUGAAUGCUCAGGUCGGGCGUCUAGGCACAGAAGAGAGUCGUUUAGAUGGCCGGUGGGGACUUGUUGGUCACAGGACAGAUAACGGGGACCGUCUACUGCAACUGUGCGCAGACCACAACCUGUUUCUGGCUAGCACGAACUUUCGGCAAAGUCAUCGCCGAUGUGCCACCUGGCCUCCUCCCUCUGCAUAUCAAGCCUGGACUCAGAUUGAUCAUAUCGCAAUCAGCUACCACUGGCGUGGUUGUGUACGAGACUGCCGCUCCUUUUGGAGUACCUGUCUGGACUCUGGAUAUGCCUUGGUCUGUGCCAAUCUUACCUUACUUUCCAGUGGCCAACGAAGUGAUCGCCACCAAAGGAUUGAUGUUAGCAAGCUGGUUGCAACUUCUGUUGCAAGGAAGUAUCGAACCGAGCUAGUUUCUAGGCUAGCUACCAUUCCACCGAAAAGUAUAGAUGAGCAUUGGUUGCAAUUGCAUGACGCCAUGAAAAUGGCGGGUACAGUCAGUUGUGGGUUCGCGAAACGUCAUAAGCACUGGGUUUCUUCUGGUUCCUUACAACUCAUUGAAGCCCGUCGGUCUACUCCGGGUGACCGUACGUUUGACCCUCUGUGGCUGGUGACGACUGGUCCAUCAAAUGAGGCAGAAGUCCGCAAGGAACUCCAACUCUUGAAGCGCUACAAAUCACCUGGCUUAGAUGACUUACCUCCGGCUCUUUUUAAAGAUGGUGGUGACUUUCUGACUAAGGAAUUGACGACGUUGUUUACAAAGGUUUGGGGACUAGAGAGCGCACCAACGUCAUAGAAUGAGUCGAUAGUUGUCCCUAUCUUUAAAAAGGGUUCACGUCGUUCCUGUAACAACUGUCGGGAGAUAAGUCUACUUCCGAUUGCGUCCAAGCUAUUGGCUUCCGUCAUACUUCGUAGGUUGUUCAAAACCCGAGAAAGAUUGACUCGCGAGGAGCAGGCUGGGUUUCGUUCCGGUCGAGGAUGUAUUGAUCAUAUCUUCACCCUCCACCAAAUGUUAGAACACCGCCAUACUUAUCAAAGGCCAACGAUCGUAGUGUUUCUUGACAUCAGGACUGCCUUCGAUUCGUUGGAUAGGACUGUUCUCUGGGAUUGUCUAUUGAAAAAGGGUGUGCCUGAGAAGUUUAUUAACAUCCUAAAGGCCUUAUAUACAAACACCUCAGGCAGAGUGAGGGCAUACAACCACCUCUCUCCAUUGUUCCAUUCGAGCAGUGGGUAAUACGUCGUGCAUUAUUUGCCGACUCUGGGACCGGUUGGAAGAAACGGAGAGGUGGUCAGUGUAUGACAUGGUGUCGUGGUAUGAAGGAAAGCUGCAAAGGACUGGCUUGUGUUGGACCUUCACGACUCCCUGGUUGGGGUCCUAGAGAUGGUGCUACAUAGUGGCUAGAGACGUUAUGAGAUAUGGCUCAGAAUAGAAGCCAGUGACGAUCCCGCUGUAAAUUUCUUUUACUUUCUUCAUAAAAAGUGGUUGUAUCUUCCUUAACUGAAAGAUUUCUUCUGAUUGUACCUUUCCGUUCCCCCAUUAUUACUAUUAUUAUCAUUAUUACACUACCUUACACCAACCUCUUCGUUAUCGUUCUCUUUUUUUGUUUUACGCUCCUUACCUUUUUUCUUCCUCCUUCUCUUUGAAUUCUCAUUGUUUUGUGUGGCGCAUAUAUAUUUGGCGCACUCUUGUACCAAUAUUUAUGUGUUCAAAUUAAAAAAAAGCCAAGUGGUCAUGGCAUGAUCUUUGGUUUUACCACAACCAUAAAUCGGAUAUGUAAGGUUUAAAUGAGUUACUCGAUUAUGUUUUCAUGAACACUGGAUGAGGUUAUUCACCAAAUCAACUCUGUGCCUAUUUUGAUCUCUGCAGAACAUCAUUUGACCACUGAAUAACUAAAGCAAAACAUCUCAGUAUUAGAUAAUCUAUGACCGUAAAUAUGGGUGAUGGGGUAUGUGUGACAAGUAAACUAGGGACUACAUACGUAAUGUCAGUACAGUCAAACAAAAGCCUUGAUAAGCUUACAAUACACAUACCGUGUGCUGUUAUUACUCUCGGUUCCGAAGCAAGUAAACAGUUAUUUACAUUUAGAUGUAACUAGCCAAAACUUCAUUGGAAAUAGUGGUUCAAUAGUCCUUUGAUUUUGAUAAAAGUAUAUCUUGCAGUCUUCAUAUAUACACUCAUGUCACCAUUCGGAAUGUUAGGUGGAUCACACUAAUUGAUGCUUAUCUAGUUGCCUCAUUCUCACAAUGAACUGAGAAUCACAUGCUCUCUUGCGGAUUCACAAAGUUUGAAAUGCAGACUGUUGGUUUGGGAUUUAAUCGGUUAGUAUCAUCAUCCUCGUUGCGGCACUUGACAGUUAUGGAUUCAGUGGUAUGAGUGGUCUCAGGCGACAAUACUCAGGUAUUUAAUGCUCCCUGGGUUUUUUCGGUUGCUAUCAGUUUCUAGUGGGAGUUUUAUGCUUGGCGACAUUUUAUUCUGAACUGAAUUGUACUGAAAAAUAUGUACUUUUUUAUAUGUUUAUCGAUUAAUAAACAUUCCAAUUAAUUUAUGAAGCAAUUCCUAGAUAAUAUUACGCGUUGUCAGCAACUAAAAAUAUUUUUUAUGAGAAACGUCUAUUAACGGUUUAGUCAUAUCCAACCAGAAAAACUUUAUGAAACACUUGAAAACUUAAAGUAAUGUAAGAUUCGGAGAUCUUGGUGUAUUUGGAUUGUGGUUAGCAGUUCAAUGAAGUAAACACGUCUCGUUCUUACGGAGACUCGUCAGCUAGGUUCGUCUACACUCCAGGGUUGAUAUUUCUUUUGAAAUCCAAAACAGUCCGUUGGGAGGAUAAAUAGCUAUACUUCUGGAUUAUCAUAUCAGAUAACAUAUAUGGCACCAUCCAUACAAUUACAUAAAAUCCAAUACUAAAGUAUACUUUUACUAAAUUAACUAGGAUAUACACAGAUACUUUUAAUUUUAUGGGAAUCAAUCUUCAUGAUAAGCUCAAUGUCAUUGUAAAUUAACUAAAGUUGUUCAUGCAACCCGUUGGUAAUAAUACUCUCAAAUACAACAAACAAGAACGAAGAUCAAAUUUUAGUCCUCAUAUUGAUUUACGAUGCAUCUUUACGAUCAUUGUUUAUCAGUCGUUUUUAGUUACCUAGUUCUCAACACAUUUCUCUUGUAUUGGUUAUCUCACUAUGAUAAAUCUUGGUAGUUAUUGAUCACUGAAUUAAAUUGAAUGUAAGCUAAAUCUUUUUUGGUCUUGUCCAAUAAAUCUUAACAAGUUUAUUCAUUUGUAGUGGCUAGGGGAGUAGAGGCGUUUGUUGAGACGUCUUCGGGAAGUACGUUGAGGCCUCCAGAGGCUCUAACGAAGCCGAAGUGUUCCCAUCCAAUCAGAGCUUUCUAGAUUAUCAACGUGGCAUGCUACUAUUAGACGGUAGCAUAAAUUACCUCCUUGCUGAUUGGUUGGAUUAUAAUGAUGUCAUAGCCAACGCUAAUAAUUAUAAACACCCACGUUUUUCUGUGCAUUUUUGAUUCUUACCGAAUGAUCUUUUCCCUUGAAUCUUGUCUUCUGAUUUGCGACUGUGGGGUUCUACACGUUCAAGUGCCGGUAGUUGUAUAUCGUCUUAUACCAUAAUCAAGUAGAGGAUGUAACAGCGAGUAGAGCUGGUGUAUACGGUACCGCAGUUAUCUUCGGAGUGAUCACGUCCCGCAUUCAUAACACAACUAAUAAAUCAAACCUUUGUUUUGAACCGAAUCAUGCAGUUAAAAAAAGAAGGAAGAUCAUAAUUUCCCACUUGGAAAAUAUGGAAAGCCCAACUACAUAGUUGGAAACAUUUGAAAAACAAACUGGACUAGUAGAGUAAGUAGCAAUCAAUAUAAAAAUUUUAGCUUAACUAAAGUCGAUCAUUGCAUUCGUUUCUAUAAUGCUGAUGCUAAAACGAAAACUAAGUAGUUCUCCACAAUGUUUGGCAUAUAAAAUGUCAACUUGGAUCAGAAGGUAUACGAAUUUCUAGAGUUGAACUCUUUCGAAUCUGAAGAAAGAAACUUAACCCAUGCACUAUAGCUUGAGUUCCAGAGGAAUACAUAUCAAGGACAUAAUGGACGGAAAGUGGCGUAAAAUAUGGCGGAUGCUCACUGAAGAUGGUUACACUUCCUUGUUCAUUAAAAGAAACCUAGAGCCAAACAUUUACGUAAGAAUAACAUCUAGCGUCUUGAAAAAGCUAUUUUAUAAUAUAACAGUAUGAAGACCAGAUUAUCUCACUAAUACUUUCUAUAAAUGAAAAUGGUUAUUGCAGCUGAACUGGUGGAAAACUGAUAAUUGGAUACGAGUGAAACAUACUGACUAUUAAAAGCAUUUCCAGGAUAUAUUUCGAAUGAUUAAGGUUUGAAUAUAUGUUAAGUAGAUACUUGCUGUAAUAAUGCGCAAUUUAUCUUGAUAAUUCUAUACUGUACCAAUGUUAAGAUUGUCUCAUAAACCUAUUAUUCUUAAAAAAAUCAAUAAAGCAGAUGUCGGGAAAUUGUGCAUACUUUAUUAUUAGAUUUAUUCUAAACGAUUCAUGAAAUUACCUUCAGUCUGUCAGUUAAGGCUUAGAAGUCUUCUCUUCUCAUAUAGGCUUUGAACGUGGAUUAAUGCCUGCCAGCUAUUCUUGUGAAAUCUAAAUCAAUACUACCAGGCUACUGACAAUAAUUAAAGUAGUACAAUUCCUCUUAUUAAAAUUUGUUGAACGCAGAUAAAUUUGCUAAGUUUUAGAACCCCUAUAGCAAAUUCAUAAAGUAGGGAUACCUGCUCUAACAAUUGUUCGCAAUAACUUCUACAAUAUCUACAGCUAUUCAUUCCUAUACACUGUUAUGGCGCACAGUAUAUUAGGGUAAGCUUAUGAAAUCAUGUUUGAGUUAGUCCGUGUUGUAGAUUUAAAUGGUAGAUUUCGCGUCAUUCGUGUUUUGAAUACUAAGAAAAUGUGAUAAGAUUUAAUCACACUAAUUUUGGCAAUUAUGGCAAGUUAAAAAACCAUAUCAAUUAAAGAAAAUGAAUGUGCAAUUAAGAUGCCAAGUUGAAUACAUCUAUGAGAAAAUCAAUUUGCAAAAUCUUCAAUAAUUGAGUGAUUAACAAAGUAAUUCUCCUCACCUAAGGUUUAUUUAUUGGAGGAACUUAGAUCUUAACAUCCACAAGUUAGAAUUGUAGAAUUUUAUUUAUGAUUCAGAGCAGUCAUAUUAUCAACGCAUGCUGGCUUACAAGUCUUGGUAAGCAAAAUGGCGUCAUCAAUAUCUCGAUGCCUUUUUUAACUAGCUAUGUAUCUCUCGCCAAGGAUGUGUUUAUUAUUAGCCUUUAGUAUGUGUACAGUAUUCGAAGUAGUACCAUAGUUCUAGUCACCUGAGCUGACAAAUUUGUUUUAUUAUCAAUACUAGAGUAAUCUUUGCAUCCAUCAACUGUCAGAAGCGAAUAAACUAAGUGCUUGUGUUACGUAAUUUUCAAAUGACAUAUUUAUAUUGUGAUUUCAAAUCAUACCCAUUCAAAGAUGCGAAGGAAAGCUGGAUUUCUCGUUUAGUAACCCAUUGUUUUCCUCAUUGUAGUCUGCUUUUCGCAAUCUGCUAAUGCACAUUUGAUAAAAAUUCAUAGUACAAGCGUAUUUUCAAAUAUUUUGUCAGCACUGGUCGUCUCAGAGUUAUACUAUUCGCACUUGGGAAAAUACGAAGUAUAAAUACUACUAACUACUUUAAAUUUCCCGAAAUUCUAAUCUAAUCAUUUGUUUCAAGAAAGUUCUGAAUAAGGCGGUUAUUCAUCAAAUAUUUUAACUUAAGGCCACAAGUUGUUUGAUUUUAAAAAAUGUGGACACUAGAUCCCGAGUUGGUGAUAGAAAACUUCCACGCUGUCCCAGAGAACGUAAGUCCAAUGAACUAUGUGGAAUUGUACACUUUGACUAAUAAAGUGAAUCAAGUUAUAGCGAAACAACUA